AUGAUGGAGGACUUGUUGCAAAGUAGAAUUCGUAGUCGUAAUGCCUAUUCACUUCAUAAUAAAUAUCAAUCACUCUGUCACUAAUAAGGAGGACAGAGCACUCUCAAAAUGCUUUCUCAGAGCUUAUAAAAAUAAUAAUACAGUCAGAAAUUACAUCAAUUAAAUUUGUAACGAACUGAGUCUCGUUUCCAGAUCAAUCAACCAAAGCAUAUUUAAUAUAUUGGGGCGAUAUCAAGUUCAAAUAAAACUGUGAAUCCAUGUUCACCAGAAAAGAUAAUCGAAUCACCAUUAAAGGGAAGGAUUAAAUAGAGUAGAAUACUGAAGACUUCACUUCACAAUUCUCGUAUGAGUCCUGAAAACAGAUUGAUUUUUAAAUAGCGUCUCAAUAAAAUUGAUGAAUCCAUCCAAUAUAUUCAAGAUAGACACAAUCAAUUCAAUGGAGUUAAUUCUAACAACUAUUAAAAGAUGUGUGAAAUGAUUAAUAAAACCGAAUACAUGAGUGCUGAUCAUAAUUCUAGCGUUGAUGUUCCCUUGAUAAAAUUGAUAAAACCAGAAACGAUCGAAAACAAUGAAAAUAGUGCCAAUCUAGUCUAAAAGUUAGCUACCCAAACUAUACAAUGGAGUGAAACCAAGAAAAAACAAAGAUCCAAACUGGAGUAGAGUGUGUACUAUAAGACUAAUAAAUGGAAAAAAGCCAAAUUCUUAAUCUUAUAAAACUUUUCAUCUCGUCAUAACAACACAAUGUAUUCCAAGAAAUAUAUGAUUACACAAUUAAAGAUUCCCUACCUAAGACACAAUUCGAAACAAAUGUUCAUGGCUUUGAAAUAGAAAAACUAUAACUAAUUGCUUAAACAUCUAUCUUAUAACAAGUCAUUCAUUCAUGAAGUGGACAAUUCUCUCAUGACUCCCUUGCAUAUUUCUUGUCAAUAAGGUCUAUAUGAUAUUACCAAAAUGCUCUUGAGAUUUAAGGCUGAUGUGAAUGCUCUAGACAAGAAUAAGAAAACUCCCCUAUAUUAUGCCAUGUUUAAUGGUCACACAGAAAUAGUGAAAAUGCUCCUAUUACAUGAUGCUUUCCCAUAUUCCGAUACUAAUUGCAAUUACACUCAAUUCUUCCCAAAUAAAGCAAUGAAAGAAUUAUUCAGAGUGGCUAAGAGAAUUUUAACAUUGAUGCUGAUAUGCCCAAAACAUAAGAGAAAAACAAUGAAAGAGUUCUUAGAAAUUAAUUUUUUGAAUGAAUAUUCUCUACCCAAAAACUUGCUUGCUUGA